GUUCUUUCAUACACCAAAAACACACUAAACGAAACACCUCCGUUCUACACCGCCCUCUCUCAUUUUUAUUUCUCAUAUUACAUUUGAGCCCGCAUUACUGAUCCAUCAUGGCCACUCCUGAACAGAUUGCGAACUGCAUCCGCUGCCUCGCCGCUGAUAUCGUGCAGGGCGCCAAGAGCGGGCACCCCGGCACGCCGAUGGGCAUGGCGCCCGUGUCGACGGUGCUGUGGACGGAGAUAAUGAAGUACAACUGCGCCGACCCGAGUUGGGCGGACCGCGAUCGCUUUGUGCUGUCCAACGGUCACGCCUGUGCGCUGCAGUACUCCCUGCUGCACCUGGCCGGCUACGACCUGACCAUCGACGACCUGAAGCAAUUCCGCCAGGAGGGCGCCCGCACCCCCGGCCACCCGGAGCGCUUCGUGACGGCCGGCGUGGAGGUGACGACCGGCCCGCUCGGACAGGGUGUGUGCAACGCCGUGGGUCUCGCCAUGGCCGAGGCACACCUCGCCGCCACCUUCAACAAGCCCGGCCACGAGAUCGUCAACCAUUACACGUACGCAUUCUGCGGCGAUGGUUGCCUGAUGGAGGGCGUGUGCCAGGAGGCGUUGUCGCUUGCUGGCCACCUUGCUCUGGAGAAGCUGAUCGUUGUGUACGACAGCAACCACAUCUGCAUCGACGGCAGCACCGACUUGUCCUUCACGGAGCAGAACCGCAAGAAGUACGAGGCGGUUGGGUUCCACGUCAUUGAGGUGCCCAACGCGGACACGGACUUCGAUGCCCUGCGCAAGGCGUUUGCGGAGGCGAAGGCGACGCACGGCAAGCCGAAGAUGAUCAUUCAGACCUCGACGAUCGGCUACGGCUCCUCGAAGCAGGGCACGGAGAAGGUGCACGGCGCCCCCCUCGGCGAUGAGGAGAUCGCGAAGCUGAAGACGAAGUUCGGCCGCGACCCCAGCAAGAAGUACUUCGUGGAGGAGGAGGUGUACGCGGCGUUCCGCAAGCACGUGGAGAAGUGCGUGUUGGAGCAGAAGGCGUGGGAGGAGCGCGUGGAGAAGUACAAGGCCGCGUACCCGGCCGAAGGAGCCGCGUUCGUGGCGCAGCUGAAGGGCGAGCUGCCGGCGGGCUGGGAGGCGAAGCUGCCGCUGAACGACAAGUCGAUCGCGACGCGCAAGGCGAGCGAGAACUGCCUCGCCGCACUGUUCCCGGCGGUCCCCGCGCUGGUUGGCGGCUCAGCGGACCUGACGCCGAGCAACCUCACGCGUCCCGCCUCGGCAAAUCUGACGGACUUCGAGCCCGGCAACUACGCCGGCCGCUACCUCCGCUUCGGCGUCCGCGAGCACAGCAUGGCGGCCAUCGUGAACGGCCUCGACGCGCACGGUGGCGUCAUUCCUUUUGGGGCAACCUUCCUGAACUUCAUCGGCUACGCCCUCGGUGCCAUCCGCCUCGCCGCGCUGUCGCACCACCGCUCCAUCUUCGUGGCGACGCACGACAGCAUCGGCCUCGGCGAGGACGGGCCGACGCAUCAGCCGGUCGAGCUCGUCGCGGCGCUGCGCGCGAUGCCGAACCUGCUGCUGCUGCGUCCUGGUGACCAGACGGAGACGAGCGGCGCGUGGGCCGUUGCGGUGGCCAAUGCACGCCGCCCGUCCGUGGUGUGCCUGAGCCGCCAGAACACGGUGCCGCAGCCCGGGUCGAGCAUUGAGGGGGUGAAGAAGGGCGCGUACAAGCUGAACGACGUGGAGAACCCGCAGCUGGUGAUCGUGGCGAGCGGGUCGGAGGUUUCGCUCGCCGUGGACGCCGCGAAGGCGCUGGCCGGCGAGGCGCGUGUGAGCGCUGUGUCGAUGCCCUGCCAGGAGCUGUUCGACGAGCAGUCGGAGGCGUACCAGCGCUCGGUGUUCCCCGAGGGCGUGCCGGUGGUGUCCGUGGAGCCGUACGUGAGCUUCGGUUGGGAGAAGUACUCGCACGUGCACAUCGGCAUGCCCGGCUUCGGCGCCUCUGCUCCUGCGGAGGCCUUGUACAAGAGAUUCGGUAUCACCCUGGAGCAUGUCACGGACGCCGGCCGCAAGCUGAUGGCCCGCUUCCCGAACGGCAACGCGCCGCUGAAGAACUCUGCGAUCAGCAAGAUGUAA